AUGCCACACCGGGAUGACACCGUCAAGCGCCGGCGCUACACCAUCGAGGAGGAGGUGGAUGAAAAGGAUCGCACCAUCGUGCUCUUUGGCAUCCCCGCCGUAUCAAGGGGCGUCAGCAUGUGCCUCCUCAUUGCCUACAUCAUCACCAUGAUUUUGGCCUUUAUCCUGCUCAUUGUGGCCUUGGCCUUGCCAAGCUGGAUCGAGGGUACGGAGAACGGCGUUGACCGCGAGAUUGGACUCUUCUCACAAACAGAAAAUGGCAAUGAACUGGAUGACACACGCCUGUGGGACAGUCCCAGCAGCCUGCUCGAGGGCUCCGGCGCUUUGUUUGUCAUUGGCAUGAUUGCCCUGGCCCUGGCCAUUCUAUUGGCCCUUUUUGCAGCUUGCUUGAUCAGCGGCUGGCUCGUCCUCAGUGCCAAGCUGUGCAACGUUUUUGCUAACUUUCUCUUCAUCAUUGCGGUUCUUCUCCUGGCGCUGGGCCUGGAGGACUUGGAUGACACCUGCCCCAGCGGUACCAGCUUCCAGUGUGGCCUCAACUGCACCGACCCUCGCGACAGCUUUGAACCUUUUAUUCUCUGCGCCCCCUACACCAUUGGCGCCGCCAUCCACGUCAUGGGUGCCGCUCUAAUCAUUCUCUUCCUGGCUUCAUGCUGCGGCUUCUGGGUUCGCGGCUAA